AUGGUCCAACAUCCAGACGUCGGUGAUGUACUCCGACAGCCAGAAAGUGUAGAUAGUAAAGUGGCUGCUCUUACGCUGUCUACGAACAAUGAACCUUCGCUGGCGAAGGACGCUGCAGAGCAGAAUAUCAAGAACGUGUUUGAGUUCGAAGAGUUCAUCGACCGCCAUGAGGACUACGACAGAGCCACUUUGGACGCCUUGAAAAUGGUGGAUCUAGACAAUUUGCAUGAGACAUCACCCAUUUCGACAGACCAAGCUGGUUCGCUCCUUAAACUUGCAAAUGCUGAAGACAUCGACCCUCAGCCUCAUGGGCCUGAGCGUGGUGCUCUAUACCAAAUUGCAUAUAACCCUAACGAAAAAGCGAAACGUCUUGGUAGACCAAGGAAACAUCUAGGUGCCAACAACACUGCUUCUUCGGUUGAAAUAGCACUGAAGAAUCUUGAGACUUCAAAGCUACUCAAGUUUCGGUUGGAUAAUAUGCCUUUGGAAGGUCCCGGCUCUAGGGGUGGUGACCCAGACGACAGAAAGCGCCUGGGCAAACUCACCGAGUCGACAGCGACGAAGAAAAGAAAACAAUCCGUCCUUAACUUUGCUACUUUGAACAAUAGCACGUCCGUGGGAAUCCAAGCCAAUGACUCUGAAAAGCCAGCGGACGCGUUAACUGAUUCCAAUGUCCCAGAAAAGCAUGAACUGACUGUGAACGAGACACCAAAAGUCGAAAGCCCUCCACCUGUUGAUUCGGACGUGGAAGUACUUUCUGAACCGAUCAAGUCGGAAGCUUUACAUCUGGAUAUUACCAGCGUUGUUUCAGAUAGCAAAGAUGAAAAAGACGAGUCGACCAAGGAUGCUGACUUGAGCAAGACCGAUGAUCUGAGCAAACCUGUUGAGACAAACACUAAAACCCAAAGCAAUGGGAAAUCAAAGGUAAAGUCAGAACCAGCACCAAAGACUAAACGGGUUACGCUAAAGUUCAGAAAUAAAAUUACGAGGACUUCCAUCGUUAGGGAGAAGAAUAGAAUAACCAGAACAUACCCAGGCCCGCUAGUUGCCCUCCACUAUGAUCUUUAUGAUGAUAACCUUUUUGAGGUGAAAGAGAAUUCUACUGUCGCAAGUGAACCCGUGGGUCUUGGCUUUAAUGUCAAGCGAAACCCGUAUCUGUCAGACGUUAUUUUCAUCAUGGCUUUCUUGGCCAAAUUCCCUGAGAUCCUUUACGUUGGCCACAUUGGUCCACAGGAUAUAGAAGAAGGAUUGGGUCUAGCUAACACUGGCGAAGGCGGUGGCCUGACCGGCGUGUCCCGAACCAUGGACGACUUAUUUUGCAAGUUACUCACACUUGUGCUCAAUAGAAAGAAGGUGAUCACACCUGGCAACUACAAAAGUGGCGUUCAGGACCUCCGAUCGAAUUACAUAUCAUUUGGUUUACCUGAAGAAUGGAGAGAUGACUCGCUCACACGUGUUGUCACUUCCUUGCCUACGGAUGAGGCUGACAGGGUUGAUCCUUCAAAACCUCCAGUUUCUGAGGAGGAUAACUAUGAAUAUCUGGCUCCACUGGAAAAACUCAAUCCAAUGCAUGAACGAAGCUUCGAAGAGGAGGGACUUGCGGGUAUCUCAAACCCCGUUGAUAGAUUAAUUAUGAUUCGCUGCUUGGUUCUUUGGAGUCUUUCCGCAUCCAAUGUCCUCAAAACACAUCUUGCACAGGUUGUGAAUAAGCAAGAAAUUGCUGGUGAGAAAGACACUAUUUACGCUUCGAGGCCGAUACUCAAGGGUUUCUCUCAAACGACUGAACUCAAGAAGGAUCUCGAGUCGAAACUCGCUAAAAAGGGUAAAACCAACGCGUCUCCACAAGGCACCCCCGACCCUGACUCCACGCAACGUUACAUUGAUCCAACCUCUGAUCCUGUUGUCCAUCCAAUGGCUCUCAGACUUAAUGAAUUUAUUGUCGGAGACUGUGGUUUCAGGAUUGGACGGUUCUACUUGGUGAGAAUGGCUGAGCCCUCAGGAGGCGGCAUCUCUAGUGUCGACAGAAUGAAGGCGGUAGCGAAAGAUCCUACUGGCAUAAAACUUAGUAUUCCAUCUAGAUUUAAGCUCUACGUUGAAGAUGUUCAUUCGGUGCUCCUAGAUUCUUUAAGAGUGUUUGGUGUCGAAUUUGACAAGGAUGGCAAUGAAGUGCAAAUGCCUCCUAAAUAUGACAAUUCGAAGCAUUGGUAUGAGGUUGCGGCUAAUGCCAGCGAGCUAAUCGCUUUUAACAAGCAUCUAGCUCAGAAAUUGGGUUUGGCAUCUAAUGUCCCAGACGAUUUUUCACGGAUAUCUCAGAAUAGUGUUGCCUACAAGCCGAUACUUUACAUGCACCAGUAUCUUUCUUUGAUUGCUCCGCUUAUGGAAAGCUUCGAAAACAUGGAACAGACAGCUGGUGCUGCGGGUUCAAGAUCGGCCAGAAAGAAGGUCGACUAUAAUGUUUCUAAAUCAAGUUCUUACAUGAAUGCUUUCGAAGAAGGCUAUGACGAACACAUGCAUGACGACGAUGACGAUUCAUACGAUGAAGGUGAACCAGCGGAUGAUGAUGACGAAGAGUAUCUGGAGUAG